AUGGACUUUAGCCGCAUUCCAAUUCCGACCUUUUUGAUGUCCGAUGGGUACUUGGGGCCUUCUCGGCAGGGAUUCAGAGACAUUGUCGUCUGCUCGUUGAUCCGGUCAUUUGUGGGUCGAUCAUCCAGCUCGGUCUCGGUCGACGGCUCAUUCAAGAACCAGAACCCUUUGGCAUUGGCUUAUGGUGGGAUAUAA